UGAGGGAUAUAAUUUGAGCGCCUACAUAGCUUCGUAACGCCGCCGUUGUUACUCCCACACUUCCCCGUCUCCUGGAGUUUUUCAGUUUCUCUGUUCUCUGUACCCUUCAACGGAGCCGUUUGAUAUUCGUUCUGCAGUAUAGCUGAGGACCGUACACUUCUAUCCACUUUACUCUCAGUUCGAACAAAUAUUUCUUCGAACUAAAAGAAAGGAAGAAUGUCAAGGAUAUGUGUGAAGAAUUUGCCGAAAUAUGCGGCAGAGGAUCGUCUCCGCGAAUUCUUUUCUCAGAAAGGAGAAAUUACGGAUGCAAAGCUCAUGCGCACCAAGGAUGGUAACAGCAGACAAUUCGCUUUUGUUGGGUACCGGACGGAACAUGAGGCCGAAGAAGCUAUUAGAUACUUCAACAAAUCCUAUUUUGAUACUUGUAGGAUAUCCUGUGAGAUUGCUCAUAAAGUUGGUGAUCCAAACAUUCCUCGCCCAUGGAGUCGUUAUUCUUCAAAAACUGAUGAAAAAACAACUAAAGAUGGGAAUAAAGUCGCUGUUAUAAAAAAUUCUAUCCUUAUGGGAUCAGAAAGAGAGAAAAAGAAUCUGAAAGAGGACGGCAACAAUGAGGACCCUCAGGUCCAAGAAUUUCUACAGGUUAUGCAGCCAAGAGUUAAAUCGAAAUUGUGGGCAAAUGACACGUUGAUAACUUCUACAACUAGCAAUGAUAGUAAAGUUAGAGAGAAGCAAACUCAUACAAAUAAGGAAAGAAUAGAGAAAUCAGCUACAAUACAUAUCGAGUCGGGUGGAGAUGAGAAUGCAGAAUAUGCAUCAUCACCAGACAAGCAAGUGGCUAACAAUUUAGAAAGUCCUGCCCAUGAUGAUGUCAUUUCGGAUAUGGAUUACUUCAAGAGCAGAGUAAAGAAGAACUGGUCAGAGUCAGAAAGCAGUGACAGUGAUGAUAAUGAGGAUGAUAGUGAUUCAUCAAAAGAAAGCCCCAUAGAGCAGGAUGUUCAAGAACAAGUUCCAAAUGAACCAUUAAAUUCACUUGAGAUGGAUGUUUCCAGAAAAGAAGAUGAAGAGGAAGAUUCUCAUGAAGAUUCUGCUGGUGACAUGUAUGACCAAGAUGAUAAAGAAGUAAUUGAGACCAGUCGUCUUUUCGUUCGUAAUCUGCCAUAUACUGCAACUGAAGAGGAGCUGGAGGAGCUGUUUAGCAAAUUUGGGACAGUCUCAGAAGUCCAUCUUGUUAUUGAUAAAGAUACCAAGCGUCCCAAGGGGUUUGCAUUUGUUAAUUAUUCACGUCUGGAGUUUGCAGCUAGAGCAUUAGAGGAAUUAGACCAUUCAAUUUUCCAAGGAAGACUGUUGCAUGUUAUGCCAGCUAAACAAAGAGUUUCAUCUGAGAAGCUCGAGCAUGAUGUGGCGAGUCAAGGUUUAAAAUCUUUUAAGCAACGGAGGGAAGAAGAAAGGAAGGCAUCAGAAGCUAGUGGAGAUACUAAAGCAUGGAACACUUUGUUCAUGCGCCCUGAUGCUAUUGCUGAGAACAUUGCUAGGACUUAUGGUGUGAGAAAGGGCGAUUUACUUGACACAGAAGCAAAUGAUCUUGCCGUACGUCUAGCACUCGGAGAAACUCAAGUGAUUAAGGAGACAAAAAAGGCUCUUAAGAUUGCUGGAGUAAAUGUAGAAUCUUUAGAGGACUUUGCUGCUGGGAGAACUGAUGGCAUGAAAAGAAGCAACCAUGUUUUUCUUGUGAAGAACUUGCCAUAUGGAUCUUCUGAUGGCGAGCUAGCUAAGAUGUUUGGUAAAUAUGGGAGUUUGGACAAGGUCAUUCUUCCUCCAACGAAGACAGUAGCUUUGGUUGUUUUUCUUGAACCUGCUGAAGCUCGUGCAGCCUUUAAAGGAUUGGCAUACAAACGUUACAAGGAUGCUCCAUUAUAUCUAGAAUGGGCUCCAGCUAAUAUUCUUAGUCAAAUUCCAACACCUGAGGACAAUGAAAAGAGAAGCGUUGUUGUUGGUGAACAUGAUGUCAAGAGGGCUAUCUUAGAGCAACAUGUAGAAGGAUUAUCAGAUGUGGAUGCUGAUCCUGAUAGAGUUGAGUCACGGUCUCUCUUUGUCAAGAAUCUGAAUUUCAAGACAUCUGAUGAGACUUUGAAGAAGCAUUUUAUAGAUCACAUGAAGAAGGGAUCAAUUUUAAGUGUUAAGGUAAAGAAGCAUAUGAAAAAUGGAAAGAAUGUCUCAAUGGGUUAUGGUUUUGUAGAAUUUGACUCCAUGGAGACGGCCACAAGUGUGCCAAGAGAUUUACAGGGAACUAUUUUGGAAGGACACGCUCUCACAUUGCAGCUCUCUCAUGCCAAGAAAGAUGGACAGGCUCCGAAAAAACUUGAGAAGGAUAAGAGUUCCACAAAACUUCUUGUAAAAAAUAUUGCUUUUGAAGCAACAAAAAAAGAUAUCAGGCAGCUGUUUAGUCCAUUUGGCCAGAUUAAAAGCCUAAGACUGCCAGUGAAGAUGGGCAGUCAAAACCACAGAGGUUUUGCAUUUGUGGAGUUUUUCACAAAGCAAGAGGCACAAAACGCCCUUCAAGAACUUUCAAGCACCCAUCUGUAUGGUCGCCAUCUGGUACUUGAGAGAGCAAAAGAGGGUGAAACCUUUGAAGAAUUACGAGCCCGAACAGCUGCUCAUUUUCUCAACGAGGAGAAUGGGUUUCAAAAUCCUACCAAGAAGAGGAAGAACAUGGCUGUCUUGGAUGAGGGGAAAAUGAAGUUUCAAAGAACUGAGAGUUAGUGCUUAAAUUGGUUUGGUUAUUAUUUAACAGAGUAAAAAAAAAAAUUAUUUGUGUUAGGAUAGGGACAAUGCCAGACCCGUUUUUGAAUUUUUUUUUUGGGAGCUGGCGUUUACAAUGCUUUUUGAGGUUUUUUUUUCUUUCUCUUCUAUUUGUUUUCGCCCUGUCGUGUAAAUUAAAGUACAAUCAUGCAGAUUUUAGCCCAAUUUUUGUGAUCUGAAUAUUGUACCAGAGUUGUUUUUUUACAUGAAAGAAAGUCAUACAUACAAUCUUACAGAUA